GCUUGACGCUCCAGGAGUCGCGGUGUGGGCUGGCAGCAGUUGGACAGUGAUCAACUUCAUAUUUCAUCCGUCUCGGCGAAGAAAAGCGUGCGCAGCCAUGGCACAGGGGUUGAAGGAACGAUUUGAGAAGUUUCUCCACGAGAAGAGCCUUCUUACUGAUCUCUUGUCAAAAGUAGAAGCGAGGACUGGAGUGAGCCGGACGUACAUCGCGUUGGCUGUCAUCGGCUUCAUCGCCGUGUACUUGGUCGUCGGCUACGGCGCCUCCCUGCUGUGUAACCUCAUUGGCUUCCUCUACCCCGCGUACAUCUCCAUCAAAGCCAUUGAAAGUGCCACAAAAGAUGACGACACCAAGUGGCUGACGUAUUGGGUGGUGUACGGCCUCUUCAGUGUGGCUGAGUUCUUCGCCGACAUCUUCCUCUCCUGGUUUCCAUUCUACUACAUCGGCAAGUGUGCCUUCCUGGUCUGGUGCAUGGCCCCCACCCCGUCUAACGGAUCCGUGCUGAUAUACAACCGCGUCAUUCGACCCGUGUUCCUCAAGAAUGAAGCCAAGAUCGACGACGCGAUGAAGAACAUCAAGGACAAGGCCUCAGAAGCUGCUGACAAGUUCAAGGAUGAAGCCAAGAGAGCUACAGCCAACCUGAUGUUCGAGGAGAAGAAGAGCACCUAAGACGGACGCCCCCCACACACACACCCCCUGCAAAUUGCUGUUGCCUUGAAAAUGUCUAAUUUAACAGAAGCUGUCGUCAGCGGACCCGGAGCAAACCUUGGCCUUGAUAAAUAAAAAAAACAGCCCAAGUGGUUCUUUGAAUUCAUUUCUUUAUUUAUCAUGUGAUUUGAAGUUGCCUGGAGAAUAAAACGUGUCAACUACCAAA